AUGGCCCUGAAAGAUAAAACCCGCAACCAUAAGAGAGUGAAGAAGAAAAUGGACAACAUUCGCCAAUUUACAACCCCAUACCCAGCUGGAGGGCCUGUGAGCAUAAACUACAACUUUCCUCCGAGUUCGUGCCAACACUGCCAUACAUCACCCCGCGAAAUCAGGGCUCUGAAAGAAAAGGUCGCAGCCAUCGGGCAGAUACCCUCUGAAGUGAACAAGGAGGAAUUUAUCAAGUUCAAAAAUGAGAUAAAAGAAAGAUCGAGAGCUUUUGAGAAGCAUAUCCUCGGGCACCUGAUCGCUUUCGGCAAAGUGAUAGAUGGACAUAUAAACAGUGUGAUGAAGGAGCAAGAGAGACUCGAUAUCAGAACCGCGGAAGAGGAGGAUUAUCGUUCUCUGAAUGAGAAAGUGGAUCAUCUUUUCACAGCAGUGGAGGCUAUGAAGCAGGCAGUUCAAGAACUUGCUGCUAAUUGGAAGGUAGAAAUGGACACUGACAGCUGA